UUCUUUUGUCAAGUACAGAGCGUCAUGUGCUUCUUUUCGCGUUUAACACCUUUUCUACUGUUGGGAUUGUUAAGCUUCUUAAGCCCUUUCGUAUCUUCUUCGGAUGAGAAUUAUAUUCGAAAAAUCACCAACGCCAGAAUUGAAGACUAUCCAUAUCUUGUCUCGUUGCGUUUCAAAGACGAACAUCGAUGUGCUGGUUCAAUAUUAUCCGAGGACAAACUGCUGACAGCGGCGCAUUGUGUGAACUUCUUGCCCGUAGAGCAUCUGGGAGUUCGAGUCGGUUCGACGGUGCAUUUUGAAGGCGAAUAUUUUGCCAUUCGUAGUGUUGAAAUCCACCCGUCAUACGAUUCGCAUUCUUUGGAUUGUGACAUAGCUUUUGUGAACCUCGACCGGAAUUUAACGUUCGGUAGGACUGUCCAACCAAUCGAACUACUAGAAACUCGUCCAAUCGAUGGAACCUUAGCUGCCUCGCCCGGAUGGGGCAUGAUGAAAGAUAGCGAAUUCUAUAGGCCUGAUCAUCUAAAGGUGCUUACAGUUCGCUUGAUCAGUAAGGAAGUCUGCAGGCCAAGCUAUCCCCGGGACGCUAUAACAAAACAGAUGAUUUGUGCGAGACCCACUGAAUUCCGAGCCGAUCCAUGUCAAGCCACACAGGGCGGUCCACUGGUUGAGAAGUCAAGUGGCAAGCAGGUGGGUGUCAUGUCGUGGGGUAUAAGUUGUGUCCAACCAGAACUACCAAACGUUUAUGCCACAGUUCAUAAUCUAAUCAAUUCCAAAGAUGUGUAAAAUGCUUUAAGCAAAGAAAUCAUAGGUACCUAAAAUAAACAUUUAAAGUCAAGUGGAAAGAUCGA